AUGUUAGAGCAAAUCAGAAUCUUGCAACAGCGCAUCAACGAUCUUCAAAAUCCUUCGACCCCGCGCCAGCCUCAACAGCGCAUGCCUUCGUCGAGCUCUGCGGCGCCAAGUCAGAUGCCUUUGGGACCGCUCUUGUCCUACUUUCACUCUCAGCAGACUUCAGGAACGAAUGUAAGCGCGUCUAGCGCAAUGGCCGCCGAGGUUCCGCCGAUUGUCCUGCAAGCAUUGGCCCAUAACUUCCUACACAAUGCGUCGUCCUUCGGUUUUUUCCUUGACACGCAGGCCUUCCACGAGGCCAUCCAAAACCAGACGCUCCAGUCGAAUCUGCCCUCGGUGCUUCUGAACGUGAUGCAUCUGUGGGGUAUCCACCUCUCGACUGAUGCCCGUAUUGCCCGAUACGAGCCGGCGCUUUUGGCGCGGGCAUUGGACAGCACCGCUUCUUCGCUGACGAGCACCCACCCACGGACCCUUCUCCAUGGCGCACAAGCGGAAGUUCUGCUGGCGACGUACUUCCUGCGCAACGGGCGGAUGGUGGAGGGUCGGUACCACAUCAGCGCCGCGGUGGGCAUCGUUCUCAGCGGGCGGUGGAACCAAAUCCAGCCAGCCUCGAACCUGGAUGAGCUGCGCGAGAGGAGAGAGCAAGUCGCCGCGUUCUGGAAUGUCCUGACCAUUGAUGGGGUCUGGGCGGGCAUACACGACUGGGCGCCGAACGUCAUUGUCGGGCCAGGGGGAUUAGACAUCCAAACCAGCCUGCCGGCAGACGAUUCCAAUUUGCGUGCCCAGGCAAGUGUUUUCCCCGUCGGGAGUGAUGGCGGAACGCUGGCUCGGUUCAUGGCUGACUUGCCGGACCACCCAGACUCACCUGCGGCGCUGCACGCAAAAGCAGGGAUACUAUUGGCCACCGCAGCGAUGGGCCGGCCAGGAAGCCCUGUCGACGCUGCCCUUGAUAGACGCGUCGCGGGCUUCGUAGCUGGUCUGCCGGCCAUUCAGUCGAAGACGACACUGAUCACGCAUCUCCUCGCCCGGCUUGCGACGAUUCGCCUCCACCUGUCCGUGGGCGCUCCAGACUCCCGGGCGAAGGUCCUUGCCGCAGCCAGAGAGGUGGUGGGCAUCCUCAUGGACCCUGCUGUCGCGGAGGAGGUCAAGGGCGGCAUUGUCGACCCCAUCAUUGCGCCGAUCCUCGCACGCACCGCUCGUGUGUUUAUUACGGAGCUGGCUGCGGUCCGCGCUUCGGGCUCCAACGGAGGCGGCCAAGGCCUGCUCGAACAGCUCAAGUUCCUUGUCCAGGUCAUGCAGAUUAUGGCCCCCCGAUUUACGCUGAUGGCGAGCCAGCUUGAAACGAUACGUCAAGCCUGUGGCUCCGCCCGAAUUCCUCUCGCUUGA